UCCAGCCUGUUGGUGAUGUGCCCAGCCCGCCGCCACUCGGGGCAUGGGUAACGCGCAGCACCGGCGGUCGCGCGACGGGAGAAGGAAACGCACAGGUACUAGAAAUCCGGAGCUCGCGUCCUCUGCAGCCCCGGCUCUAGCUGAGCGCACCGGGCCCGCCUUGUGGCCGGCUCCCCGCGCGCUGCCGAGUUUGGUGCCGGGGGCUGAGUCCUGCAGCUCACUGCGGCUGGCGACAGGGGACGGAUUAUUUUUAGCAGGUUCCCUGUAGCCCAGCGGAGCCGGGAGAUGUUCGCGGAGCCGGGCGGCUGUCUGCAGAGCGUUGGUGCAACCGUGCCUGCUGCCCGGGAGGUUUGGCUGCCGCAGUCCCCUCCAUUCACUGGGCUGUAAAUCGAAGCUGUCUGCACCGGCAAGGCGCUCGAUCCCAGCGUGGCUCCAGGGCUACGUCCCGCCCAGGUCUCCCGGCACCUGAUUUCCCAGUGGUCAAUUAGGUGUCUCAGCCUGCAGCACUGAAGCAGUGGAGGGGCCAAUGCCCCGGCUUUGAUGGAGAGCGCCGUGCGCAGAGACCUCCCCAGUCGACUUCCUCAUCGGAAGGCAGCAUCCAUUCAUAAUUCUCUGCCUGCCUGUGGACCGAGUUAGGUUGGAGCUGGGCAUGGACUCCUGUGAUCUCCCUUUUUGCAUCUGAAGGAGAAACUCACAUAAAAGGGAGAAGGAAGGGGGAAUGCGGUCCUAACGCAACAAGGCGCUGGAAAGCCCCGAGAGGCCUCUCCUCGGCGGGGAGAGGGAGAAGAGGCAGAUCCCGAGCCCGGCGCCCCAGCCAGCUGCUGCUUCGCUGCGGAGCCGGCACGCAUGCCUACCUCACCUGACGGCCGCAUUCCCGGGGAGCCGGCGCGGGGCCCGGCGGCGCGCCCAGGGCGCACGGGCGGUAGGAUCUCCGCACCCGGGGAACGAUGCGCGGCCGGACUGCCCAGGGCCGAACCCGAGCCGGAGCGGGCGCCCGGGGAAGCCAGCCUCGGCGCGGCGCCCCACCGCAACCCCCCGGGAUGCUCGGCGACUCGCAGCCCAGGCCACGCGGCCGUUUCCAACCUGGACGUGGAGAGCAAGCUGAGUGUGUACUACCGCGCGCCAUGGCACCAGCAGAGAAACAUCUUCCUCCCGGCCACCAGGCCCCCCUGCGUGGAAGAGUUGCACCGCCAUGCCCGCCAGAGCCUGCAAGCCCUGCGCAGAGAACAUCGGAGCCGCAGUGAUCGCCGGGAGCAGAGAGCUGCCGCCCCCCUUUCUGUGGCAGCCCCUCCCCUGCCGGCCUACCCCCCAACUCACAGUCAGCGGAGGCGUGAAGUUAAAGACCGGCACUUCUUAACGUCCCAUCCCCCGGAGGAUGAAGAUACUGAUGUCAUGUUAGGGCAGAGGCCGAAGAACCCAGUACACAAUAUUCCCUCGACACUGGACAAGCAGACCAACUGGAGCAAAGCACUACCUCUCCCAACUCCAGAGGAGAAGAUGAAACAGGAUGCCCAAGUGAUUUCUUCUUGCAUCAUUCCCAUCAAUGUCACUGGAGUUGGUUUUGACAGAGAGGCCAGUAUACGCUGCUCUCUUGUUCAUUCACAAUCCGUACUACAGCGCAGACGAAAGCUGAGGAGGAGGAAAACCAUCUCGGGUAUCCCCAGAAGAGUCCAGCAAGAAAUAGAUUCUGAUGAAUCACCAGUGGCCAGGGAAAGGAACGUGAUUGUGCACACAAAUCCAGACCCUUCCAACACAGUCAAUAGGAGGUCUGGAACCAGGGACUCGGAGUGCCAAACUGAGGAUAUUCUGAUCGCUGCUCCAUCCAGAAGGAGAAUCAGAGCACAAAGGGGUCAGAGCAUUGCAGCUUCCCUUUCUCAUUCGGCUGGCAACAUUUCCGCAUUGGCAGACAAAGGUGACACCAUGUUUACAACUACAGUGAACAGCCGCACAAGAUCUCGGAGCCUUCCUCGGGAGGGCAACAGAGGCGGAGAUGCUGAGCCCAAAGCUGGCACUAAGCCCUCAGCAUAUGAAGAGGGAGAGUCUUUUGUGGGUGACCGAGAAAGAAACCCUAACGAAGGCAGUGAGGCCACAAGCAGCCCAGGUACACAAGAACACCAGCCCACUCUGAGCCUCACCUGUUCACAACAUCUUCACAGCCCCCAGCACAAGUUAAAUGAGAGAGGGAGGUCUCGUCUGUCCCGAAUGGCUGCCGACUCUGGCAGCUGUGACAUCUCUUCCAACUCAGACACCUUUGGGAGCCCCAUUCACUGCAUCUCCACAGCUGGCGUCCUCCUCAGCAGCCACAUGGACCAGAAAGAUGACCACCAGUCCUCCAGUGGCAACUGGAGCGGAAGCAGCUCCACAUGCCCCUCACAGACCUCAGAGACCAUCCCUCCUGCAGCCUCUCCUCCCCUCACUGGCUCUUCACACUGUGACUCGGAGUUGUCACUGAACACAGCCCCUCAUGCUAAUGAGGAUGCUAGUGUCUUCGUGUUGGAGCAGUACAAUGACCACCUGGAUAAAGUGAGAGGCCACCGGGCAAACUCAUUUACCUCUACUGUGGCCGAUCUGCUGGAUGACCCCAACAACAGCAACACAAGCGACAGUGAGUGGAACUACCUACACCAUCAUCACGAUGCCUCCUGCCGCCAAGAUUUUAGUCCCGAACGUCCCAAGGCGGACAGCCUGGGCUGCCCGAGCUUCACAAGCAUGGCCACUUAUGACAGCUUUCUGGAGAAGUCCCCAUCAGACAAAGCAGACACUAGCUCUCACUUUUCAGUGGACACGGAAGGAUACUACACUUCCAUGCAUUUCGAUUGUGGUCUCAAAGGUAAUAAGAGCUAUGUCUGUCACUAUGCAGCCCUGGGCCCAGAGAAUGGCCAAGGGGUUGGGGUUCCUUCUAGCCUUCCAGACUGUGCCUGGCAGGACUACUUAGACCACAGGAGGCAGGGGAGACCUAGCAUCUCUUUCAGAAAACCAAAGGCAAAGCCAACCCCACCUAAACGCAGCUCAUCGCUGAGGAAGUCCGAUGGAAACUCAGACGUGUCUGAGAAGAAAGAACCAAAGAUAGGCAGUGGCCAAAUUCUGCCUCACAAUUCCAGGGAAAUGAAGCUGCCACUUGAUUUCUCUAGCACACCUUCUCGAAUGGAGACUGCCAAUCUUCCCGCCAAGCAGGAUUCUUCUUGGAUGAACCAGAACGAACAUGGUAUCAAGGAACCUCAGUUGGAUACUUCAGAUAUUCCACCAUUCAAAGAUGAGGGUGCUGAAUCAACUCACUAUGCAGACCUCUGGCUUCUAAAUGACUUGAAAACAAAUGAUCCUUAUAGAUCAUUAUCUAAUUCAAGCACUGCUACGGGUACCACAGUUAUUGAAUGCAUCAAAUCUCCAGAGAGCUCCGAAUCCCAAACAUCCCAAUCAGAAUCAAGAGCCACCACCCCAUCCCUUCCUUCUGUCGACAAUGAGUUUAAACUGGCUUCACCAGAAAAGUUGGCUGGCUUGGCAUCACCAUCAAGUGGCUACUCAAGCCAGUCUGAAACACCCACAUCUUCUUUUCCUACGGCUUUCUUCUCUGGCCCCUUGUCUCCUGGAGGUAGCAAAAGAAAACCAAAAGUCCCAGAAAGGAAAUCCUCACUCCAGCAGCCUUCUCUGAAAGAUGGAGCUUUAUCACUGAGUAAGGAUCUUGAACUUCCAAUAAUACCUCCUACCCAUCUUGACCUAAGUGCUCUUCAUAAUGUGUUGAAUAAACCAUUCCAUCACCGUCACCCAUUGCAUGUUUUCAGUCACAGUAAGCAGAACACAGUAGGAGAAACACUAAGGUCAAAUCCUCCUCCAUCCCUUGCAAUUACACCAACAGUCCUAAAAUCUGUGAAUCUUAGAUCCAUCAGUAAAUCUGAAGAAGCGAAGCAAAAAGAAGGCAACAAUCCAGAUCUUGCCUAUUUAGAGGAAAGUGCUCUCACAAUGGCCACCCUGUCUCCAAGUAAGAUUAGGCCACAUGUGGCUAACAAAUCAUUAUCUCAUCAAUAUUCUACUGAAGGCACUCUACUGUCCUUUUUAGAUUCCUCUGCAAUUGAGAUGGGGCCAGAUAAACUACAGUUAGAAAAGAAACGUAUGUUUGAUGUGAAGAACCCUUGUGAUCCAGAAACAGUAACUGUAGCUGGCAGCAAUCUUCUAGAUUCAAAUGUCACAAAAGACCAGAUUCAUAUGGAGAGCGAGCCUGUUCCAGAAAACACAAGUAAAAAUGGUGACAUUCUCUCAGAAGGAUUUCAGAGGGUCUCUGUUGCCCGCCCAAAUGAUACUGAUGGCAAGACACUACAAUAUGGAGCUGCCCUGGAUGGAACCCGAGCACAGGUCCAGAAGGCACCCUCUGUAGAUCAGGAGGAAGGUGCACAACCUGAGUCUGUGGAUGUGUUCACACCUCAAUCAAACUCAGCGUCAAGAGUCACAGACAAAGGCAAUCAACUUAAGCAACAGCUUGGGAUGAGCCGCCCCCACGACAAAGUGCCUGGGAAUGUCAACUACAGAGCAGAGAUAUCAACUUUAAAUUCAUGCCCUGAAAAAUAUUCUGAGCAGGAAAAUAUCGCUUCAGGUAUUUCAGCCAAAAGUGCCUCUGAUUACAGCGGAACAGAGGAGACUCCAGGAAGUAUGGAUGAGGCGUCAUUCAAAGAAUCAUCGCCAAGUGACGACUCUCUGAUUUCACCACUCAGUGAAGACUCUCAGGCUGAAGGAGAAGGCGUGUUCGUAUCUCCCAACAAACCUCGAACUACUGAGGAUUUGUUCGCAGUCAUUCACAGGUCCAAGAGGAAAGUACUGGGCCGAAAAGAUUCUGGCGACAUGUCUGUCCGCAGCAAAUCCAGAGCUGCCCUUGGCAGCAGUGCCAGCAGCAGUGGUGGUGGCGGCGGCGGCGGCGGCGGUGGCAGCGGCGGCAGCAGUGGCGGUGGCGGUGGCAGCGCGGCUUCAGUGACUUCUCCCAGCAGUACCGGAACGGCCUCAAACAGCCAAAGGUCUCCCGGCCUCAUCUACCGAAAUGCCAAGAAGUCGAACACGUCCAACGAAGAGUUUAAGCUGUUGCUCCUCAAGAAAGGCAGUCGCUCCGAUUCCAGUUACCGCAUGUCUGCGACUGAGAUCCUCAAGAGUCCCAUCCUGCCCAAGCCCCCUGGCGAACUCGUGGCUGAGUCCCCCCAAGGCACCCAUGAGGCCCACGCGGGGAGCGCUGGGUCGGAGGCCUUGUCCCCACUCUCUCCGUGCCCCCCACGGGUUAAUGCAGAAGGGUUUUCUGCAAAGAACUUUGGCACGUCGGCCGCUGCCCGGGUUGGCCGUUCCCGGGUGCCCCCUGUAGCAAGCAGCAGCCGCUACAGCGUCCGCUGCAGGCUGUACAAUGCCCCCAUGCAGGCCAUCUCGGAGGGCGAGACGGAAAACUCCGAUGGUAGCCCCCAUGAUGACCGAUCCUCCCAGAGCUCAACCUAGAGGGACUGCCCAGGCCACGGGCAAAGGCUGAACCCUCAGUCCUGGGAGGUGGGGAAAGGGAUCAGGGUUGGGGAGCAGCCAGUCAGCACAUCCUGGGCUACCCUCGACGGAUUCCAAGUGAAUUCCAGUAAAGCAUUGGAAUAUAUAUGCUGGGGAAACAAAGUGGUUUGGUUUUUUCUUGAUUAUUUUCCAUGCUUCUAAAUAGCUGCGCUGUCCUGCAUAUUUUUUCUUUAGCUUAGUUUGAGUUGCCCAAUCUCAUUCCUUUUGAUAAUACAGAAUCCAAACUGUCUGCUUUUCAUGAAGCCUAGAGAAAGUUUGCCCAGAGCUGCCUAUUCAGAAAACAAAGCCCUCACUGUCACUCACGGUUCUUAAGAAGAUGAAAAUUACUCUGGAGGUUUGGUAUUUUUUUACAUUAAAAUGAACACAAGCAAAAUUUAGAAGAAAGACCUACACACGUGUAAAUAUCAUAUUUUUGAUAAAAAUGUGUACAUAGAUUUAUCAAUAACGAGUGGACAUGUGGCCAAUUAUCUACCACACACCAACUGUUUAUAGAACACAAAAAUAAAGUGUAAUAACUGUAUUCUGUGAAUACCAUUUUCAUAUCAAUACCAUAUUUAAAUGUCCACCAAUAUUUCUGAGAGAUAAACCUCAAAUAUGAAUUUUAAACUGAAGAAAUAAAGGAAACCUUGAGGUCAUAUACUGAAACGCAGUUCAUUUAAAACAAUGAAUUCAGACCUAACCUUUUUUUGUGACAAAAUUGCAGCAACAAGCUAAUAGUAACAUGUGGCAGUGAUCUGCCACUGGUGAUUUGGACAGAAUGAAAAGCAUGCUUUUGAUUUUUUUUAAUCAAUGAGAAAAUUCAUCAUCCUUUAACACAAAGCCCUGAACAACAGCAUUUGACAGUGUCCUUUAUUUUUUUCAGUGGAUUGCUUUAAAGAGGAUGAGUAGGGAAAACCGUAGUUAAUUUUGUUAUGAUUUAUAUUAGGCUACUGGGGUCAGCCAUAGUCAUACUUGAAUGACUAUAUUGAAACUCCUUAAAACAGGUUAGCAAGUAACUCCAAUUUCUUUAACAAAAAUGAAAUGUAAGCAUGCCACAGAGCUGUUGAUUUCUCAGUACCUGCAAUGAGUUUUCAGUGAAGCUUUCUCUCUGUGCUGAUGACAUUCAUGCUACCUAAAAAUUAACAGAAAUGACACUGUGAACAAUGUAGUUGGGAAAUAGGUAUGUUGUGUAUAUGUAUUAUUUAUAUUCACUCUUAAACUGGGAAUGGGAUACAGCUCUGGUUCACAAUACUACAUACAACCAAGUUUUUGUCUGACUUUACUAUAUCUGCUUGAUGGCAAAAGGGGAGGGGUGGUGGGUGGGGAAGGAAAUGUCAGGGCAAGUGCUCUGAUCAAAUGAAGGCAGGGAAACAAGCCGAAUUACUUGAAAUUACUUGAAUUUUCUUGUCUUAAAACUGAGAAAAAAAUGUAGUUACAAGUUGAAAUCUGCAAGUGGUUUUUACACCUCUGAUUUUAACAUGAACUGUACUAGUGUUUGAAGUGAUAUGUCAGAAAAUAUAAGCAGCUAUGUACUUAGAAUAUGCUUGGAAUGGAAGAAGGUAGAAAGUAGAAAGACCUAAGCUGGGUUGUGGCCUAUAAAAGAAUAGAAUGGGAUUAGAAUGAUAGGGUAUACCAGAGUUACGAAGAAAUUCAUAAGCAGCUGACUUUAAGAUGAUGCAAGUGCUAUUUGGAUAAGAAGGAUGUGUGAAACGGGAGUUGUGGUUGUGGUUUCGCUCCUGUAACAGAAUGGAGAAAGCCCGGUCUAAGAAGAUGCUGUCUUUCAAUAGAAACACGUUCUAAAAUAUUACAGAUGAACAACUAGAGCAUCUGAUUGCUGUUGUUUUCUGUUUGUUUGUUUGUUUGUUUGUUUGUAAAGAAAAAAUGGCUUCUAUCUGAUUUCACUAUCAAAUUGUGUUUCUUGAUUUCUUGUCAUUCUUGUAUGUAAAAUGGGUGCUGGGGUGGUGGGGUGCAGAGGGAGAGAGAGAGAAAGAGAGAGAGAGACUGUGUGUGUGUGUAUGGGUGCCUGUGCCGGGAUAGAUAAGCUACUUGGUAAAGGGUACAUGUGAACAUUUACAAAGUGUUACACUUUUUAUUAAAAGAAAAAUGUUUGGGGGUUUGAAAAAAUGAAUUAUCAUUUUUCAUUGGAACUCAUUAGUUAAGAAAAUCAGCAUGGUUUGACACCACGUGGGGACAUGAAUAACUUUUUCUCAUACUUCAAAAAUACACUUGGCAAAAUUUAAAAAAUAAAGUUUAUAGAGAAAUGCAAGGAGAAGCAGGUGUUUCCAGUCACAGUAGGUGAUCUUUUGUAAUUUUCAUAAAAGCAGUUCGUUUGCAGUAUGGCUUUUGUGUAGUUAGGGGUUUUUUAAGUGUAAAGAAAGGUAUGUGGGCUUUAAAAGUGAUCUAAAUCUUGAAUAGAAAAUACAUGAAUUGGCUUUAAUUAAAAAAAUGUCACCUUAUUAUUAAUUUAAGUAAUGGUAUCAUAUAUAUUUUAAAAUACAUAUUGACUUGAACUGUGAGGCAAUAAGAUACCUUCUAUAUGUAAUGAUCACAGAACUAACCCUUAUAAUAUAGUUUUACUUAUUUUGUUUACUCUAAAAAUCUAUAGCAGAGUUUCUCUAUUUUAUAUGUCAUAGAUUUAAAAGUAACCCAAAUAAAGAUGGAAUUUAAAUUCACUGUGGAAGAGUACUAAGUAAUAAAGUGAGUUUUAAAAAAAAAGCAAAAAAUUUCCUUAGUAAUUUGGAAUAUUCUACAUGACUUCAUUAACAUAGCAUAGAAAACCAAGAUUUAGACGGCUGUCUUCAAAAUCACUGCAGGGUACACACAUUAGGUAUUGUGAAGAACAUCAAUCCAAACUUUUCUUCUGUUUGCACUGAUGCUAGUUUUCAGUUCUUUUAUGUUUCUACAACGUGUCUGUAUUGUGUGGGGGAUUUUUUUAAUUUUUUUUUUUGGCUAAGUAGAGGACAUGGACUAGUCAUAGCAAGCAAAACACACUGUUUGCUCUUGCCAAAGGUCAGUAAGUACGUUUGCUGCAGUGAAGGCAGAUUUAGAGAACUAGAUCAUGACAAAGAUUUAAAAGAAGGUUACAGUGUAACUAUUUUGGUACUAGAACCAGUUCAUGCUGGCCGAAAGACAAUGGUUUAUGGACUUGCAUCCGUUUUUGUAUUUUUGUAAUAUUUGUAAAUAUGAACUUUUUAAAUUGUUGCAAAAAUGGUUUUUUUGGUAAGAUGUUUUCAACGUUUACAUUCAAUCCAAGCCUUUGUAUAUUUUAGAGCUGUGCAACACUUUAAGUCUUGUAUUUAUUUUUAGUAAAAAUGGUGACAGUCUCAUUGUGAACCCCUCAAAAAUGUACCAGAAAAGUUUGAUUACCUAGAAAGUGUGUAUAGAAACUGCAAAUAAACGUGACUGCAAUUAAUCAA